GUGUUGGCGUGUUCGGUGAUGGUGUCGCUAUUCCACGUAAUGGGACUAAUCACGACUGGUGAAGUCGGACUCUGCAUCUCCUAUGCGCUCAGCCUAACAGACUUGAUGAACUUUUCGGUACGAAUGAUGGCGUUGAGUGAGACCAACAUCGUCUCCGUUGAACGCAUAAAGGAAUACCACGAUAUCGAGAGAGAGGGACCAUUUACAUCUGAAUAUCCACUGAUAGACGCUUGGCCAUACAGUGGAGCUAUCGAGUUCCGUAACUUUAGCAUACGUUAUGGCAAUAGCGAAAAGCUUGCUGUCAAAAACAUGACCUUUUCGAUUAAAGGUGGAGAGAAAGUGGCAAUCAUUGGUCGUACGGGCUCCGGUAAGACGACUGUCGCAAGAGGUUUACUUCGAUUAGUGGAGAAAGCUAGUGGUGAUGUGUUCAUCGACGGUGUCAACAUCGCUGACUUGGGAUUGCGUGAGCUGAGAACCAGAAUCACAAUCAUUCCACAGGAUCCUGUUCUGUUCUCUUCAACGUUGCGAUUUAAUGUUGACCCAUUUAAUCAAUUUCCCGAUAGCGAUGUAUGGCUGGCUUUGGAAGUUUGUCAGUUGAAGCAGAUGAUCCUAAAACACAAGGACGGACUUAUGUGCGAAAUUGAAGAAGGAGGAAAGAAUAUCAGUAUUGGUGAACGUCAGCUUAUAUGUUUAUGUCGAUCGUUACUAGAAGGUGGCGGUAUUCUCAUUCUAGACGAGGCCACUGCUUCUCUCGACCACGCUGCUCAAAUACUUGUCAAUGAGGUAAAGGAUAAAAGGGACAGAGCUCCCGACGUUGAUCAAACCCUGAGGCAUACGCCUUGCAUUGCACUUCAUUAA